UGUGGUUUACACGGAGGACCGGAGGAGCACCAGAGUUAUCUCCGGCUCGAACCCGAGAUCGGACCGCACAAGACGAGCAGGGGGGCAUCGCCGACUCGCCGUGCUGCGUCGAGACCCAAGCCAACACAGCCCAGCCAUGUCGGCGCGUGACCGCGAGACGGCCGAGGCGCUGGUGCGCCUCGCCGCCUCGCUGGACGGGGCGGUGCUCGGGCUCGGCACGGCGGCCGUCGCCGUCGCGUCGUGGGUCAAGUACCUCGCCGUCUCGGGCCAGCUGCGCCUCGUCGCCUCCGCGGCGACGGCCUCCAUCGGUGACGCCCGCUCCCUCCUCCGGGGCGACGGCAACGAGCCGCGGAUCGCCGCGGUGCGGGGCUACGUGCGGACCCAGGGCUCGUUCCUCCGGGCCCCGUUCUCAAGCGAGGCGGGCGUCGUCGUCAAGCACACCCAGAUGUGUUUGUUCACAGAAUGGAGAGGCAUCUUUGGAUGGACCUUUGAUCUGCAUGCUCUUCUUUUCAGAUCAUGGAAAGAGCAAAUUGUGACAUCUUUUAGAGCGGUUCCGUUUGUUCUGGCUAGUACUGAGUUAGGAAAUUCUACAGGAGUGGUGCAUAUAAAUGUGGAUGAGGUGGAUUAUCAACCGUUGCCUCUUACUACAGUGUUUCAUAAACUUAUCCCACUUGAGACAACUCCGUACACAUUGUUUCAAACUAUUAUUGGCAACGGCUAUCCGAUUGCAUUGUUGGAUGAAGAAAAAAUACUACCGAUUGGUAAGAAAAUUACAGCAAUAGGACUAUGCCGAGCAAAGAAUGCAGAAAGUGUCGAGAUCACAUCGUGCCCAGAGAUCCCCUUUUUCUUAUCUGAACUAACCAAGGAUGAGAUGCAAGCUCAGCUGGCUUCACGUGCUAGGAUACUCUUUUGGGGUAGUAUUGUUUUGGGAACCUUGUCGGUUUGCUUAGUGGGCCAUGCCAUUUACAGGGGCUGGAAGAGAAUCAAACUACGGAGAGAGGCUAGGCAGGCACAACAGAUGUUUGAGGAUGCUGAAGAUGCUAUUCGGGAAGAUAACUCUAGUGAUGAUGAUGAUGAUGAUGUAGGAGACGGCCAACUAUGUGUUGUGUGCUUAAGGAAGAGAAGGAAAGCAGCUUUUAUUCCAUGUGGGCAUCUUGUCUGCUGUUGCAAAUGCGCAUUAAGAAUGGAGCGUGAGGUUGAACCGUUGUGCCCUAUGUGCCGUCAAGACAUCAGAUACAUGAUAAGGAUUUAUGACUCUUGAGGUACCUUGCUGAUAAGAUCUACACGCUUCCUAGCUGACCCAUGCAAGCCUGAGGAGCACAACUGUUCAUCCUGCUGGGCAUUUUCCUAGUCUAGUCUGCUAGAUGACUGCCCGAUUUUGGAUUUGUGAAUAUAAUGUCUUGACCCUCCAAAUUAUGCUCUUGAUUGCCUGGGAAAAAAUAGCUUAGCUGAAAUCGUGAACUAACGCAGAGUUAUUUUUUGUUUGCUUUGCGCAUAUCUUUAUCCAUUAUGUAAAUCAAUCAUAUAGUUUGCGACAAAUGAUUUUAGAGAUUUGGCCAUUUUCUGCCGUCUGAUCGUCACCUCUACUGCUCUGGAAGUGUGGGUUGCAAAAGAUAAUGCUGUUCGUCGUGAUGAACACGAUGCUGUUCCAGCUCUACGGUAACCUGGCAUCAGAUGACAGCGGUGUCCGUGCGCCGGAGCCUUGACGCUUGCCAGCGGAUAACAUUGCCGAAGCUGUCUUUGGCUAAGCGUCAAGCCCUAUUCUGAUGCUGUACUAAGAAACUGUAGUAUCAAUAAAUUGUAACUUUAGAAUAGACGAAGAGUAGAGUUUUUAAUAAAACUCUAAAAUGACUGACUGGUGA